AUGGAUUUCUCGCCGUUGGUAGAAGGCAAUAAAAUAGCCAAUACUGUCCCUUUUGAAACAGUGUGCAAACUCCUAGAGCGGGUUUCAUCAAUGGAUUGUGCAAAUAGGAAAAGGACCUGUAUCUCCUUGUUUAUUCAAAAGUGGGCAGCUAGAUACAGGGAAACUAGUUGGAAUGUUGACCCGAUUGCAGGAAAUUUGGGCAGCUUCUUUCCGGUUUUGCGCCUUCUCAUUCCGUCUGCUGAUCGCACUCGACCAGCGUAUGGCGUUGGAGAAUCAACAAUGGCAAGAUUCAUUAUUAAGGCUUUUGGCCUGUCUCCAAAGAGUUCUGAUGCUGUCAGAAUCCUAACGAGAAGAAGAACGUUGUUGUUCAAGGCCACUGCCAAGGAGGACUUGGCAGACAUCAAAAUUCACGAAAUAUUAGAUGAUCUGGCAUCCUCGUCCUCUCACGGCCAGAAGUAUGAAAUAAUCGGUUGCUUUGCUCGUAAGGCAACUAUACUGGAAUUGAAAUGGUUUGUGCGUAUUGUUAGUCGGCGCGAUUUAUCGUUAGGUGUCAAAGUCAGAACCAUUCUUGGUUGCCUUCAUCCUGCUGCUCCUUCCAUUUGGAAUGUUACACAGGAUCUAUGCGUCGUCUGUCAACGAAUCGCGUACAUCGACCCAAAGCUGGCUCCACCUGACGAUUUUCAUUGUAAUUACGAUUCCGUAGAGCUCUUUACUGCCUUCAAACCUAUGCUUUGCUCUCGAGCCAACAGCGUUGAUGAAAUCUGCACCACCUACCAGCAAGAAUUCUCGGGAUCCAUUGAUAAUGGCCUUUGUGUUGAGGUUAAAUAUGAUGGCGAAAGAGUUCAAUUGCAUAAGUCAGGUAUAAACUACCGUUUUUGGUCUCGUUCCGGUCGUGAAUGGAGUUCGAGUUAUGGUGAGCGCGGGGAUUCUUCGAAGGGGAGCCUCACAUACCGUUUGCACGCAAAUGGGACCACUUUUGCUAGCCAUGUUGUAGACUGCAUUCUUGACGGAGAGAUGCUUGCUUUUGAUGGACUUACCAACCGGUUUGUCACAAAAGCUACAGGCAAUGAUGUCAAACGUGUCGGGGUUGAUCGCCAAUCUGAUGGUGGUAAGAAUGUCCUGCCGUGUUUCAUCGUCUUCGACGUACUCUAUUUAAAUGGGCAGGUGAUUUUUUGCCUUAUUUUUUUAUUUUUAAUGAAUGAUGGGUUAUGUGAUCUAGAAUUUCUUUCGAUGGUUUACGCUGCGAAUACAGCCACUUUGCAUCACAUUAUCCUAACUCAAUUUACAGUUGCCAAGAAAGACGAUUGUCUAGGUGCGUUCUUCUCACGACAGACUCGAAUAUCGCGUUGCUUCGACACUUGGGUGCAGCAUGGUGCGGAGGGGCUGGUGGCGAAGGCACUUUGCACCCCUUACACCCCCAAUGGACGGGCAGGUGCGGGGUGGUGGAAGCUGAAACCGGACUACGUGCUCGGUCUCUGCGUUGACCUUGACUGCCUCGUUGUAGGCGCCUACGCUAGUGCUUCUGCCCCCGCCUGCGGGACAAAGUUCUCCACUUUCCUUUGUGCCAUUUCUGACGACGGCAAUAGUGCUGAGACAGAAACUAAACGACGAAGAUUACAAUCAAAUAAUCUGUCCCCGCCCUCCUUCCUGACAUUUUGUCAAGUAUCAUGCGGAUUGAAGCGAGAUCAACUGGAGCGCCUCAAUCGCUGCCUUGCGUCGCACUGGAGACAGUAUGACAGACGCAAAAUAAACUGUGAUGAGACUGAAUGGCUUCGAGUUUCAGGGGAGCGACCUGACUUUUGGCUUCCACCACGCCAUUCCCUUGUUCUUCAGAUUCACGCUGCAGAAAUGAUACAGAGCGCCUCAUAUUCUGCGGGUUUUACCCUUCGAUUUCCCAGAAUCGUAGCUAUUCGAGAGGAUAAAACGUGGGAGAAUGUCUCCUCAAUAUCGGAAAUCAAGAAGCUCUAUCAGGACACCAAAGUCGAAAUUGAGUCCUCUGCCUUCGUUGAAGUGGAAUUCUGUCUUUACAUUUCAUCUCGAUUUUCCGGUCCAUCUACUGGCUUGGAGACAAAGGGUGAUCUUGAAAAGGCAAUUCUGAAAAGGAGCGGGAAGGUGGUUCAAAACCCCGGAUCUGACACAACCUAUAUAGUAGCGGACCGAAUCACCGCCAAGAUUUCCAAUUUCAUUGAAGCCACCCAUAGGAGCAUAGGUAGGGGUAAGGAAGGUGGUUAUGACAUCGUAUCCACCGAGUGGUUAAUUCAGUGUAUCCAAACUAAUCGAAUCCUCCCGUUGCGUAAGGACCAAGUGUUCGCAGCUCGUCCGUCUACACUGCUUCAACUUGAUGAGUCCUAUGAUGAUACACACAGCAACUAUGUUGACCUUGUUUUGCCAGCUCGUCUAAGAGCAGAACUAUUUGAUCAAAUGUCUUUUCGUCGGCUCUCUACUAGUGAAUAUAUUCAGCUCUUCAAAGGCUGCGAUUUUUCCGACUUGGCCCUUCCUUUGUGUGGUGUUAGCAUCAUACUAUAUGGUUCGGUUGACGCUUCACCUCAAGUGAAGCUUAUGAUAGCCGAUCUGCGGUCUUUACAGGCAACUGUACACGGUCCUUUGACGGAAUUCUCGACCUUACUCCCUGAACGGACAGGCACUGUCACGCAUGUAGUUGUGGUACGUUUCGUUCUUGGCCGUGGAUCCUUGCAUUUGAGGCUGAACUCUUAUUGGUACUUGCCCUUAUAG